GAAUAAAGAAAAUUGUAAAGUUUGUAUUUUAUUUUUUGUUGUUCUAUUUCAUUUUGAUAUGAUUUUUAUCAUGAAAAUGCUUGCAACAUUGAUUUAUUUGCCUGUCAAAAAUCUGUUCAAGUAUUGAGAACUGAUUGCGGGGAAGUCCUAUAGCCACAAUGUGAAGUACAUGCUUCUGAUAAGGAAUCUCUAUAAAUAACAUCAACACACAAUUUUUGGGUCAGUUUACAUGUUGCUGCCAUGAAGAUCGUUUGUGUAUUAUUAGUAGCUGUGGUGAUUUUUUGCCAGAAGGCAUCCGGUGAGGAGCUAGACGCAGGUCAAGCAAUUCAAAUUAUCACACCGAAGGAUCAUGUGUUCAACUUGGAAUUGGACGGAAUAAAGAGUAUUUUGGAGAAUGAUUCGAUCACAGAUCGAAAUGUGGUUGUGGUUUCGAUUGCUGGCGCUUUUCGUCAAGGAAAAAGUUUUUUGUUGAACUUUUUCAUAAAGUAUUUGUACGCUCAGUACAAAAAGCAUGAUGUAACCGAUUGGAUUGGUGAAAAAGAGAAUAGUAAUGGACUGGAAGGGUUCAAAUGGCGCAGUGGUCGGAAGCGUGAAACCACUGGAAUUUGGAUAUGGUCAGAGGUGUUCACCCAUGAUUAUUCGAACGGCGAAAAGGUUGCGAUCAUUUUACUGGACACACAAGGAAUUUUCGAUGAUCAAAGCACGGUCCGUGAUUGCACGACGAUUUUUGCCUUGAGUAUGAUGCUCUCAUCGGUUCAGUGCUACAAUUUGAUGCAGAAUAUCAAAGAAGAUGAUUUGCAACAUUUGGAGCUAUUCACUGAAUAUGGACGCUUGGCACUGGAAGACUCGACUUCAAAACCGUUCCAGAAACUACUUUUCAUCGUUCGAGACUGGCCGUACGCCUUUGAAACCGACUACGGUUGGCAUGGCCAGAAGAUAAUUGAUGAAAUCAUGGCUGGAAAUGGUGAACAAUCAAACGACAUGCGACAGUUACGCAGACGAAUUGAUUCGAGUUUCGAUGAUAUUGGCGCAUUCUUGAUGCCAUAUCCAGGAUCAAUUGUUGCACGCGGAAACAAUUUCACCGGUGAUGUAAAGCAAAUUUCGCCGGAUUUCCGAAAAUAUGUCAAAGAAUUGAUGCGGGGAAUAUUCGCUCCAAACAAGCUCAUUGUUAAGAAAAUAAACGGGGAGAAGGUACGCGUUCGUGAUGUGAUCCCAUAUUUGCAAGCAUAUUUGAACAUUUUCAACGGUGACGAUUUGCCCGAACCAAAAACCGUAUUCUUGGCCACCGCUGAGGCGAGUAUGCAAAUAUUACUCACCGACUGCGUCCAUUAUUACGUUGAGACGAUGCAGAAACUAAUCAAUGAAGCGGCUUCUUAUUUCAGCUACAGUGAUCUCGUAACCACUCAUCAAAACACAAAAAGCGAAGCGAUUGCACAGUUCCAGUCAAAACCGAAACUUGGCGGCGAUAGAUUUGCAUCUUCUUUCCAGAAGAAAAUUGAAGCUGAAAUCGAUGACAAAUUCGUUGCAUUUAACGAAACGAAUGAAGCGAAAUACACAAAUUUUGUGGAAAAAGCCCGUUUGCAUAAUGACAAAAUCUGCGGCGGAAUAAAAGAUACGUGCCAAAGGAAAUUAAUUGGUGAAAUCGAAAAUCUGCCAUUCCCGUUGAAACUCUCGGAUAUGAAUGCUUUGUUUUCAAAUUUGAAGCAAUCCGCUUUGGAAGAGUUCAAUUCAAAGAAAAUGGGUGAUGAUCAAGUGUCCAGUGAAUUUCGUGAAAAACUCCAACAAGACUUGGAGGGAAUUCAGUCGGCUCUUGUAACAGUAUCGGAAUCAUUUAAUGAAUGCUUGAAGUACUAUAGUGAUACCCUUCAUAAAUCGGUUGAUGGUGACUCAUACCAAAGUCAAAAUGAUCUAAUUAAACUUCAUCAAAAUACCAAGAACGAAGCAAGAGCACAGUUUGAAGGGAAUACCAAACAUUUAAACGAUAAAUUUGCCGGCCUGACAUCGACUUUCCAUCGUAGAAUCGAAAAUGAAAUCGAAGGAAAGCUACCAGCCCUCGAGCAAUCGAAUGCAGACAAGCAGAAUGCUUUUGUCGAAAAAGCGAAAGCACACAACGAAAUCAUCGUUGGAGAAAUCAAGGCCAAAUUCGAGAAUCGAGUGCUCACUUCAAUCGGUGGAAAUUAUUUAAAUGACGAUUCGUUCAUCAAUUUGUUCAUGACUUCGAAAUUGUCCGCUUUGGAUGAGUUUGCCUCACGAAAGUUGGGUGACGGAGAUAUUUCAAACAACUAUCGAGAGCGAUUGGAACGAGACAUGGAUAGUAUGCAAGCUUCGUUAAAACAAGCAAAUGAAGCAAAUAAACCGACACAGCCACCACAACAAGAAACUGGAGGAGGAAAAGACUCAAUUGGUCUUGCAAUCAUAGAUCUAAUAGGAAAAAUAGCAACAGCCGCCAUUGCCAAAAGCGGUUCUUAAUGUGGACAAAAUUGUACAUAAGCAAAAAUAUUAUUUUAUUUGGAUCGUAAUAAAUACAUGAAAACAAAAUAAACAGAAAUUAUUUAGUUUCCUCUAUGAAUAUAAAAGAAAAGAAAGCUAGCAAAUGGUAGUUCUAUGUCAUAAAUUCAAUUAAAUUUUUAAGCAACAUUUAGAAAAUAAUAUUUGUAAAAUAUUUGAAUUAAUAUGAAUGUACUUGAAAAUGCGAAUUAAACAUAAAUAUUUCCUUGAAAUCAAAA